AUGGCGGCCGUAGGAGGGGAGGAUGGAGGUGGUGGCGGUGUGGGCCUGGCUUUGGCCUUGGUGGAAGGCAGCGCCGGGCGGGCCGCCCGCGUCGGGGACCCGGGGGACUUGGUGGCGCUGGCCCGGCAGGUGCAGCAGGCAGAUGAGUAUGUUCGAGCCAACGCCUGCAACAAGCUGUCUGUCAUUGCUGAGCAGAUCCGGUGCUUGCAGGAGCAGGCUCGGAAGGUCUUGGAAGAUGCUAACAGGGAUGCUGAUCUGCACCACGUGGCCUGCAACUUAGUGAAGAAGCCAGGAAACAUUUACUACUUGUAUAGGAGGGAGAGUGGCCAAAAGUACUUCUCCAUCCUGUCUCCUAAGGAGUGGGGGACCAGCCCCCAUGAGUUUCUCGGUGCCUAUAAGCUGCAGCACGACAUGUCCUGGACGCCUUUCGAGGACAUUGAGCAACGAGAUGCUGAAAUAAACAUCUUGGACAAACUGCUGAGCCGGCAGGCAGCGCUCCCCCCCUGCACAGAGCCCAACUUCCAGGGCCUCACCAAAUGAUGCGAAGUGUGUUGGCUGUACAGGACCUCUGAACAGAGCUGAUGCCUGAGGACAGGCAGUGCCUGAGCGUUGCCAAAGGCAGGGCAAGGAAAGAGACCAAGAAAUGAAAAUGCUGAUGCUGCCA